UCUGUAUUACGUUCCGCUGGCUUCUUCCUGUGCGGCUUGUGGCUCAGGGCAGGUUCAAUCUUUGACAUGUUCCUGGCUUAUUCCGUGGGUUGUCUUUUUAUUGGCGCACUAGGGUGUGGUGCUGUAGUAAUGGAAACACUACUACCUCGAGCUGGAGGACCUGUGGUGAAUGUGCCUCUAGUUUUUGGGGGUUCAUUUUCUCAGAUGGAACUGAUGGGGCCUCUUCUUCCAGAAGGAUCUUUAAGUCUUCCUCUUGACAUUCACGCAGUCCCCGUGUUUGUAAAUGACAGCGGCCCAGGACCACUCUUGCGCCAACUGUGCCUGGCACUAAAAGGGGCCCAUGCGGUGGUGUUUCAGGAUAACAUCGGAACAGAGGCCGUGGCCCAGAUUCUUGACUUUGUCUCUUCACAAACUCUCGUACCAAUUAUCAGCAUAAGUGGAGGAUCAGCUGUCGUUUUAAACCCAAAG